AUGUGGAUGGUGUGGGCUGUUCGCAAUGGCAGGAAUGAAGGCAAACAGGCACGCUGGGCUCCGAAGCACCGUUGCCGUGUGCUGAGCAACACCAGAAACAGUCAGCUUGAUCCAACUUCAGAGUUGGCUCUGCUUGGAGCAGGAGGUCCUAUUAGCAGUAUUUUAGUAAACCGCUAUGGCAGCCGACCCGUGGUUAUAUUUGGAGGCCUGCUGUGUGGCAUUGGGAUGGUCUCAGCUGCCUUCUGCACCAGCAUCCUGCAGCUCUACAUCUGUGUGGGCUUCAUUACAGGAUUUGGCCUUGCUCUCAACCUCCAGCCAUCAGUGAUAAUCAUAGGGAAAUACUUUCUGAAGAGAAGACCCAUUGCGAACGGACUGGCUAUGGCAGGGAGCCCCGUGAUGCUUUGCACCUUGGCUCCUCUCAACCAGUUCCUUUUUGACAAUUUUGGCUGGAGGGGCAGCUUUUUAAUUCUUGGGGCAAUUUUAUUAAACUGCUGUGUGGCAGGAGCUCUCUUCAGACCCAUUGGGGCAGCCACAGCGUCAGUCAAAACCCAGGCGAUUGAGGAAGGAAAGGAGACCCCAAAAGAAGAGGUCACGAAGGAUGCCAUGGAAAUGAGGAGCCCCAGGAAUGUCCCCAUGGAGACUGAAGUGGAAGAGGAAGAAGGAAAGGACUGUUGUGAAAAAAUCAAUCAGUACCUCGAUUUUUCCCUCUUUAAGCACAGAGGGUUCUUGAUUUACCUGAUCGGAAAUGUGCUCAUGUUCCUGGGGUUUUUUGCCCCCAUUGUUUUUCUGGCGCCCUAUGCAAAGCACAUCGGCAUUGAUGAAUAUUCAGCUGCUUUCCUCCUUUCAAUCCUUGCCAUCGUGGAUAUGAUUGCCCGACCUACCACUGGCAUCAUUGCAAACAGCAAGUGGGUGAGGCCGCGGAUUCAAUACUUUUUCAGCUUCUCCAUUGCUUUCAAUGGCGCCUGCCACCUUCUGUGCCCGCUGGCUUCUGGCUACACGGGGCUUGUUGUUUACUCCAUCUUUUUCGGCUUGGCCUUUGGCAUGGUUUGUGCCAUGCUUUUUGAAACGCUCAUGGACCUCGUGGGAGCUGCCCGAUUCACAAGCGCUGUUGGCCUGGUCACCAUUGCGGAGUGCUGCACUAUAUUGCUGGGACCACCUAUUGGAGGAACUCUUAUCGAUACCUUUGGGGACUAUAAAUACAUGUUCAUUAAAUGUGGAGCUGUGAUGGUCCUGGCAGGAACCUUCCUGUUCAUCAUGAAUUAUUAUAAUUAUCGUAUGCUUGCCAAGGAGGAAAAGGAAAGAAAGGCAAAAGAAGAGGACCCUAAAUCUGUAAGGACAGAAAAUGAAGGCAGAAAUAACUGGAACAAAGAAACCAUACGGGAUGGGCCUGAACUGGAACCUUUGAGGGAGGAACGAGAAGGACUAAAGAAGGAAGUGAAUGGCACAAAUGAAGUUUAA